AUGUCUUCUUCCUUCUACGCUUCGUCGCCUACCGUCGUCCUUCCGACCCCUUCGGCCCAAUACUUUCCUCACUCUCAAAUACACAAACAACCUACUGUUGUGACCAACCCCUUCUUCGCCAAGCAGACCACCCCGCCUACACAAUCGCUGCCCUCUGCAGCUGGACGCAAACGAUCACGCGACGAUGAUGACGAUGACCAAGUCACUCUGGCUGCUCCUCUCUCCAGCUCGCCCAUCGGAUCUGGAGAACCCACCUACGGUCCUGGAAUGACCCUGCUUAACAAGCCUCAUGGUCAAUCUUCUACUGGCACCUGGGUCGAAAACACGUGGGUUGAAACACCUCGAGUCGACCCUGUAGCCAUCCAAGCAUCCAGACCCGCCAUUCCCAGUCGCAAAUCCCAACGUCUCGCUCCUCCGGGCCCCGAAUCAAACGACGCUGCUCUAAGCAUCGAGGCAUCCGCUCAUCGUCGUACUGCAUCAGUCGAACCUCUGAUCGAUGAGGUCACGCGCCUUCUUGGUAUCUCGUGGAUGCGUCUUGACGCUAGCGAAGCCCUUCAGAUCUCAGCAAAAGCCUACACAAGAUGGGUCCGCAGACACUACCCUGGCCUUGCCGAUAUCGAGCUUUGGUUCGAAAACUCGUCUAUCUCUGGCUACCUCGGUGUCGCAACCAACAAAGCUUCCGGUCAGAAGGUCUUCUUGCUUUGGAGCAACGAUCUCAAACAAGCUGUUCUUGUCACGAGAGAUCCCAACGAGCUGGUCUCGAAGUUGAUGUCUCCGCAAACACUCGUCAGCUCGGCCACCGAAUCCAUGUUCGCCAGUGACGAACCCAUCGCCGACGAUUCGUCAGACAAGGGCUCACCAAGCCCAACCUUUGCCAUUCCUUCUGUCGUUCCUCAAGCUUCUGCCGCAAUGGACAUCGACUAA